AUGACGAACUUGCUUUCUUUCUCUGCAAUUCUGAACUUGGUAGGUUUCUGGGAUGUGGCUAUUGCCUUGUUGGGUCUGUUCAUAAUUAGCUGCUUGCUUGAGAGAUUUACCAACAACGGCCCAAUGCUAUGGCCAGUCCUGGGGAUUAUACCUUCAGUUUUUCUCAAUGUAAACAGCAUGUAUGAUUGGGCAACCGUGGUUCUGAUCAGAGCAGGGGGCACUUUCUACUUCAGAGGAGUGUGGUUUGGUGGGGCCCAUGGGAUCAUAACCAUUGAUCCUUCCAAACUUGAGUACAUGCUCAAAACAAGGUUCAACAACUUCCCAAAAGGCCAACACUACAGGGAGAGGUUCCGUGAUUUGCUUGGGGAUGGCAUUUUCAAUGCAGACGAUCAAAUGUGGAAGGAGCAGAGAAGAGUAGCAACUACAGAGAUGCAUUCAAGCCGGUUUGUGGAGCACUCUUUUCUGUCCAUGCAGGUUUUGGUGCACGAAAAGCUGCUGAAGUUGAUGGACGAUGUGGUGAAUUCUAGAAACGGUGUUAUUGAUCUCCAAGAAGUGCUUCUUCGGUUUACUUUUGACAACAUUUGCACUGCAGCUCUUGGUGUUGAUCCAGGGUGCUUGGCUCUUGACUUACCACAAAUUCCUUUUGCAAAAGCCUUUGAAGAAGCUACCGAAUUGACUCUCUUCAGAUUCAUGGUGCCGCCUUUUGUGUGGAAGCCCAUGAAGCGUUUCGAAAUGGGAUACGAGAAGAGGCUCAAAGAAUCAGUUCAAAUUGUGCAUGAGUUUGCUGAGAAGGCAGUGACAGAGAGAAGGAAUGAAUUGGUUAGGCUUGGAGGGUUAAAUGAUCGUUCCGAUCUCUUGUCAAGGCUCAUGGAAUACACUGAUCAAAACCCAGAAGGACAAGGCACGCAAAAGCGCUUUUCGAAUAAGUUUCUGGUAGAUUUCUGCAUAAGUUUUAUUUUAGCUGGGAGGGACACAAGCUCUGUUGCAUUGGCAUGGUUUUUUUGGUUAGUGCAAAAAACCCCAGAAGUGGAAAACAAAAUCCUCAAAGAGAUGAAUGAAAUUUUAGGCCAACGGCGCCAAUGCAGUAAUAUUAAAGAACCAGCUGAUCAUGAUGCAAUUUUUACAGUGGAAGAACUAAAGAACAUGGUGUAUCUACAAGCAGCAUUGUCAGAAUCGCUGAGGCUCUACCCAGCAGUGCCAAUUGACAUCAAAGAGGUUGUGGAAGAUGAUGUGUUCCCUGAUGGUACUGUGGUGAAAAAGGGAGGUAGGGUUCUCUACUCCAUGUUCUCGAUGGCCCGAAUUGAGUCGAUAUGGGGACAAGAUUGCUUGGAGUUUAGGCCUGAAAGAUGGAUUAAAGAUGGGGUGUUUGUGAGUGAGAAUCAAUUCAAAUACCCCGUGUUUAACGGGGGUCCAAGGUUGUGCGUGGGGAAGAAGUUUGCUUACAUGCAGAUGAAGAUGGUGGCUGCUGCUAUCCUAUUGAGGUAUGAGGUUAAGGUUGUUGAAGGUCAUAAUGUUGUUCCAAAAUUGACCACCACACUUUACAUGCAGAAUGGGUUGCUUGUGACUCUCAAGCCUAGGUUGCUCACUAGUACUGUCUAAUGCAUGAUGGAGCAGAGCAGCUUUUUGUGGCAACUGGCAAGGUCCAGGAAUAAAAUUGAUAUGGUAAAGUUCCUCAGGGUAGGUAGGACCAUGAAUCCAUGGUUAGUACAAGGUUUCUUUGUUGUGUUUAAUAUCCUAGCUGUACUAAACUCAAAAAUUAAUAAUGCAACCACUGGCAGAUUGGCUUAAUUAAUUGCUUAUUAAGCUUUUAUUCAUUAAUUUCUCAUCCUAGGAAACACAUUACACAACAGGUGACAUGAAUUGGAGACAUGUAGACAUGAUCUUUCUUUCUUUGAUAUGUAAAGUGUGAGCCCUGACUUUAGAAUUACAUUAAUUUCUUUUUCUACCAAAUAAUAUUAGGUUUGCAUUUAUCAUUUUUUACAUGGUCUAAUAAAACUACAUAAUUUUACACAAAAGCCCAGGUUGAACAAAUACUUUAUUUC